UGAGGUGAGGGCUCAGCAGCAGCACUACCCGAGCUCAGCACUGGGGUGAGGGUUCAAACAGCAGCUCGGCCCCGUGAGAUCCGGGGCGGCUCCGGAGGCGCUGGGCCGCCAUGGAGCGCGGCGUUGGCGGCCGGCGGGUGCUGGUGGUGGGUGCGGGCAUGGCGGCGCUGGGGGCGGCGCAGCGGCUGCGGGGCAGCGUGAGGCUGCUGGAGGCGGGAGACCGAGUCGGAGGCCGCGUCUGCAGCGUCCCCUUCGCCUCGGGGCUGGCGGAGCUGGGCGCGCACUGGAUCCACGGCCCCUCGGAAGGGAAUCCCGUGUUCCGCCUGGCUUCCAGCUACGGCCUGCUGGGGCCCGGCGCCAGCGAGGAGGAGAACCAGCGGGUGGAGGCCAAGGGACACCCGCUGCUGCCUGUGGUCACCUACGGCAGCUCAGGGAAGGUGCUGAGCCCUGAGCUAGUGAACAGCACCCGCAGCCUGUUCAGCGAGCUGCUGGGCUCGGCACAGGCCGUGGGGGGUGCUGAGGAGCCGGCCGGCAGCAGCGUGGGGCAAUACCUGAGGGCAGAGAUUGCACGGCUGGCCUCCGGAUGGGAUGAGGACAAGGACGACAAGCGGCUGCGGCUGGCAGUGCUCAGUGCCUGCCUCAAACUGGAGUGCUGCAUCAGCGGCACCCACAGCAUGGACACGGUGGCCUUGGGGUCCUUUGGGGAGUAUAUCUCACUGCCCGGCCUGGAUUGCACCUUCCCAGGUGGCUACAGCAGCCUGCCUGAGCGCAUACUGCAGACCCUGCCUGAGGGCACCGUGCUGCUCAACAAGCCAGUGAGGACUAUCCGGUGGCAGGGGUCCUUCUGCGAGGAGGGGGACACGGACAGGGAAUUCCCUGUCCAGGUGGAGUGUGAGGAUGGCGACUCUUUUCUCACUGACCACGUCAUCGUCACCGUCCCACUGGGUUUCCUCAAGGAACGGCAUCAGGACUUUUUCCAGCCCCCCCUGCCCAAGCGGAAGGUAGAAGCUAUUCGCCGCCUGGGCUUUGGCACCAACAACAAGAUCUUCCUGGAGUUUGAGCAGCCCUUCUGGGAGCCCGAGCAGCAGCAGCUGGAAGUAGUAUGGGAGGAUGAGUCACCUCUGGCUGAGCCCAGUGCCGACCUGGAGGCCAACUGGUUCAAGAAGCUCAUUGGUUUUGUGGUCCUGCAGCCACCAGAGCAGCUCGGACACGUCCUCUGUGGCUUCAUCGCUGGCAAAGAGUCCGAGUACAUGGAGACACUGAGCGACGCUGAGGUUCUCAGCACCAUGACCCGUGUCCUCCGCAUGCUGACAGGCAACCCGCAGCUGCCCGCACCCUGCAGCAUCCUGCGCUCCCGCUGGCACAGCGCUCCAUACACCCGCGGCUCCUACAGCUACGUGGCUGUUGGAAGCUCCGGGGAAGACAUAGACGCGCUGGCACAACCACUACCCGAGGAUGCAUCAGACCCCAGGCCGUUGCAGGUGCUGUUCGCAGGGGAGGCCACGCACCGCUCGUUCUACUCCACGACGCACGGCGCGCUGCUGGCCGGCUGGAGGGAGGCCGAGCGCCUCAACCAGCUCCUGUAAUAAAGCUGCGACCCACACACGG